AUGGAAGUGUCGGAGACGUUCCGAAACCUCACCGUGCUGCUAGUUCUGCUUCUCGUGCUGCCAACCGCGCUCCGAAGGAUACGUUUCGUGGCGGCCAACCCGCCCGUUGAUAGCACCGACUGCGAUCUGCUCGGUUGCGGUGGCACCUACGGUUGUUACGGCAAUGGCUGGCCAAACUAUCUGCCCCGUACGCCGGGCGGCCGGUACAACAUCCCGGUGAGUGCGUUCCACGAUGGGUCGAGUUCCGGUGGCCACGCGGAAAGUCAACCCGAGUGUUUGCUCGGAAGUGCCAACAACUAUCUGCCCUGGGUGACGCAGGAAGGCCGGUUAACCGUUCGCAAAGGACGUCACGCGCUCGAUCUGUCGAAUUUGCGGCUCAACGAUCGAGGUGUACGCAGUUUGGUGCAGGAAAUCUCGUCUUUUGUCGCACUUGAAGAAGUACUACAUCUAACGUUGGCCCGCAAUGAACUUACACUCGUACCUUCACCUGCGCUCAAAAAGUUCCCAAACGUGCGGCUUCUGUCGCUGAAUGGGAACUUCUUUUCCGUAUUUUCCACCGAACAAACCGUUCAUAACCGCUUACCAGCUCUGUCCGGAUUGCGAGUGUUGGACAUGCGCAACUGCAGCCUUCGAACGUUGCCGGAGGAGUUCUUCAGGAACGUCGAUCUACACUACCUGUUCCUAUCACACAACAGCAUCACAACGUUGCCGGCGGAAUUAUUCUUCCCACUGCGGAACCUCCUGCAUCUGGACCUCGCGAACAUCGACUCCCGCCGGUACGGUGAAGAACGCAUCGAGAACCCAUUCAUGAAGCUGAUCGCAGGCGUAGACCUCCACCAGAGCCUAUUCUACCCGCUCGUGAACCUCGUGUUUCUCGAUCUCUCAAACACACGCCUCGAGAUGCAAGCAUUCAUCGCACUACGAUCGAUCCAACGCCGAGUCCGGUACGUGAGCUACUGCAACAUCGGGCUGCCCGCGAUCGUCGACUAUCUCUUCCUCAGCAAAUCCAUCGAGAUGCUGGACAUCUCGUACAACGUCGGUGUAGCGCAAGCUCUUCACGCAGGUAGCUUUGCGCUGCUCGCAGGCAGUCUAGAGGUGCUCUACUUCAAGGACUCGAUGGUACAACAGCUCAGCUGGCUAGGUGCGCUGAGUAAGCUGCGCGUGUUGAACCUGCGUGGGAACAUUCUGCGUACGCUACAUCGCGAAAGCUUCGUCAACCUCACUAACCUCGAGCAGCUAGACCUGAGCUACAACUACAUCUCGGCCUGGAACCAGCAGAUCCUGACGCAAGCCGGUGCGCUACGGAGCGUUAAUCUACGCAACAACAGCAUCGUGAUCUUGACCACCGACAUGCUGUACGACUUUUCGCGCCUCUCAGCGAUGGGACUGGGUGGAAACACGAUCCAGUGUUCCUGCAACUACCUGAAGCUGCUGCGUAACAUCGUGCACAAUCGAACGGACGUACCGGGUGCCUAUACCAUCUCCGCUGAACCGCUUGUCGUGGAUAAGCAGGGUGUGUCGGCGACCAAGCUGUCACUCCAACACGUCCAGCUGUUCGAUUACGACGAGUCGGAGUACUACUGCAUGAACUUCACCAGCAACGAACGGAUGGAUCCGCUCGGCUUGCAGGAGUGUGUGGUGACGGAUGAUGAGCUGAUCAAUGCGGAUCUUUCCGAGGAGGACACCGUGGAGGAGGAGGAACACGCGAAAAACCACACGCUCGUGUACAUACUGGUUAGUGUGGCGGUGAGCUUGCUGAUCGUGGGCGCGCUUGGGCUGUUCUACUACUGGUUCCACAUCAAGUACUUCUUUAAGAUCAUCAAGAACUCGGCUGUGUUGAGCUUUUUCAACGACGACAAGCUGUACCUGGACAAGAGUGGGCUGCUGCGGGAGGCCGACUUCCAUUAUGACGUGUUUGUGAGCUACAGCAAUGCGGAUCGGACGUGGGUGUUGGAUCAGCUGCUGCCGAACAUGGAGGGUGUGAGCCAAAUCAAUCUGUGUUUGCACGAGCGUGAUUUCGAGGUGGGGUACGGGAUCCUGGAGAACAUCAUUUCCUGCAUGGAUCGAUCGCGCUGCCUGAUGCUGAUCGUCUCCGAGAGCUUCCUGCUGAGCCACUGGUGCCAGUUCGAGAUGCAUCUUGCUCAACACCGACUGCUGGAAACCCGCCGAGACGAGCUUAUCCUUGUGCUGCUGCAGGACAUUCCGCGGCGCAAGUGCCCGAAGACGCUCAGCUACCUGCUGAAAACGAAGACCUACAUCAAGUGGCCCACCGGUUCCGUGGACGAGCAGGUUGUGUUUUGGAAGCGAUUGCACAAAUCGCUGCUGGCUGUGCACCGUUGAUGCAGUACCGUCGAACAUUAGGCGCACGUCGUUAGCGUAUUUUGUUUUGUAUCCAUCGUU